AGAUCCCCUCAUCAUGUCUCUUCGGACUGUUGAAUGUCUGUUUGCUCAGUGUUUGGAGGAGAAGACGAGCGGACCACAUUAACGUGUUGAAACGCCAUUUAGCGUUGGACAGCGGAGGCAAGUGGGCUUUUCAAACAGCUUUGGCUUCUUUUAAUAUGAUAUCCGACGUUGUGAUACAUGUAUUGGUGUAUAAGGGGCCAUCCAUAUUUCUCGGCAUCUAAUUUUUUUUUUCCACCAGAGGAGUGAUAUAGCCUGCUCUGACGUCUGCAUCAGAUAUUACCCAGUGCUUUUUCAAUGUGCAUUUUCCCCUCAGUGACUUUGCGCUGAUCUACAUCAUCAUCAUCAGCAGCAGCAGCAACGGGGGGAAAAAAAGGGAAUGAAGAUUUCAUUUUUCUUUUUUUUAAACCCACCGCUCCCCUUCAGCCGACCAGCGUUCCCAGCUCAAACAAAUAUCUUUUAACAACAUCACGUUGUGGAAUAGUCUGGGCGCCGGAGCAUCGCUGGAACCAUGCCUCUUCUGCAGAUUUGGACUGGGAAAUUUCAUCCACCAAUUUGAUCACCAAGAGGCUGCUGCUCAGUCAUUCAUGCCAGUGUUUGUUUUUUUAAGGGGAAGAAGACUUGUCAUCACUUUUAAAAGUAUUGUGUAUGCUGUUUUUUGAGCAAGAUGUCUGAUCUUCUGGUGUUGGUCGAGGGGCUCUGUGACCUGCACGGAUUUCCAUAGCCGGGGAAGAAACAGCGGGGGCCAAUUACCACAUUUCUUUAUUUUUUUUUUUUUAUUAAAUCAAGAAGUCUGUUUUAAUGAAGACAUCGCAUGCGUAAAUGUAGGCUAGUUUAUUCGAUAUUUUUAAAAGGCAAUUAUUUUUUUAAUUGCCAGUUUUUACUUUGUGCAUUUUCUGGAGGGACCACUGGACUGGUUGGAUUAUAGAAACUAUAUAUAAGGAUUUGUGGAGAUGUUGGGUCGUCAAGAAGAUAAAUUAUGUGGAAUUUUCUCUGCUCUGGCGGCUUUGUCCUUCUUCUGCUUUGUUCAAAGCUCCUCCACUGGAAGCUCCGGAAUGUCUGUGGCCAAGACCACCGUGGACAAGUUGCUGAAGGGAUAUGACAUCCGUUUAAGGCCUGAUUUUGGAGGUCCUCCAGUCAUCGUAGGAAUGAGCAUCAACAUAGCGAGCAUCGACUCCAUCUCAGAAGUUAACAUGGACUACACCAUCACAAUGUAUUUCCAGCAGAGCUGGCGAGAUAAGCGCUUGGCCUAUGGUGAGCUGAAGCUAAACCUGACUCUGGACAACCGUGUAGCAGAUCAGCUUUGGCUCCCUGACACCUACUUCCUUAAUGACAAGAAGUCCUUUCUUCAUGGCGUGACGGUAAAAAACCGUAUGAUCCGACUGCACCCGGACGGCACUGUCUUAUAUGGGCUGAGAAUAACCACCACUGCUGCUUGCAUGAUGGACUUGAGGAGGUACCCUCUUGAUGAACAGAACUGCACCCUGGAAAUUGAAAGCUACGGAUAUACUAGAGAUGACAUCGUGUUCUUCUGGCAAGGAGGAGACAACGCUGUGACGGGCGUCGACAAGUUAGAGUUACCUCAGUUCUCCAUUAUAGACGUCCGCUUGGUGUCCCGGGAGGUCUGGUUUACUACAGGUUCAUAUCCAAGGCUUUCGCUGAGUUUCAGGAUUAAGAGGAACAUUGGAUAUUUCAUCCUGCAGACAUAUAUGCCCUCCAUCUUGAUCACCAUCCUCUCCUGGGUCUCCUUCUGGAUCAAUUACGAUGCCUCUGCAGCUCGGGUGGCCCUGGGUGUGACAACGGUGCUUACCAUGACAACAAUUAACACCCACCUUAGGGAGACUCUCCCAAAGAUUCCGUAUGUGAAAGCCAUCGACGUCUACCUCAUGGGCUGUUUUGUGUUUGUGUUCCUGGCCCUGCUCGAAUAUGCCUUUGUAAAUUAUGUGUUCUUUGGCCGGGGCCCUGCGCAACAGAAGAAAAUCAAUGAGAGGCUGAACAAAGCCAACAACGAGCGCACAAGAUACGAAGAGAAGCGCCUGAGGGAACAGGACUCCAUUUCCGUGCCGUUUCAAACCAACACCUUCAGGUCAUUUACACAGCGAAGAAAUCUGUAUCUCGAGGAACAAAGAAAAGUUGGGGUGGAUGCUUAUGGAAACAUCCUCCUCACCACACUGGAGAUGAACAACGAGGUGAUGCCUUCUGACGUGGGUAGCAGCGUCAGUGACUCUCGGAAUUCAGUCAUGUCCUUCGACAGCUCCGGGGUCCAAUUCAGGAAGCCCAUGGCGCCCCGAGAUGGCUUCAGCCACCACUCGCUGGACCGGAGCGCCAUGCGGAGCCGGGCCAACUGUCGGCUACGACGACGCUCCUCCAAGCUCAAGUUGAAAAUCCCAAACCUGUCAGAUGUUAGCACCAUUGACAAGUGGUCCCGGGUCAUUUUCCCUAUCACCUUUGGAUUUUUCAACCUAAUCUACUGGUUGUACUAUGUGAAUUGAUGUGCAUCCCACUAGGAAUCAUGGGCCAUAUUUUGAGAGCACAUUAAAUUGGCUUUGAUACAGUUCCAAAAUAUGUAUACACAUAUACAAGUUGAACAUAUGUAUAUGCAUAUUUCUAUAUAUUAUAUUUAUAUAUACACGUGUGAAACCUGAAGGACCUCUCUGCUGUACAAAGUAUUAAUAGGAUGACUUGAAUGUUUAAGAAUAAUUGUGAGAGAAGAAUUUCAAGGCUUUGAGUUUCUUUUUCCUCCUGAAAGAAAGAAAGAAACAAACAAACACGAGAUCCCAUCCGGGGGUUUUUGGAACUAAAGACUGCAUGAUAUUUUUGCUAAAAAAAAACACAAGGAAAAAAAGCGAAAGUGAAAGCUCUUGAGAGAGAAAAGAUGUCUCAGAGUCCCAUUGACUUUUUAUUGACACUUAUUGUAAUCAGAAAUCCUCUACUGCAGCUCAUGAAAUUAGUGGUGGCUCAUCUGUUCAGGCAUCAGCUGAGUGAGAUCCUUGACACCCCCCCUUCCCUCCCUCCACCAGCCCCACCGCCCUCACCCACCCCGCCCAUGGAUAACAUGCACGGAAAUCUCCGGUUCUACUAUGUACAGCAACCUUGUUUGGAUUAUGUGUUGUUCCUUGGGUUUUUUGAAGUGAUAUCGUUCUCUUUAUCAGACAUCAGCUCUGGCCUAAUGGGCUCCGCGUGGAUGGUAUGAUUGACCGCCGCAUUCCCGCCCAGAGUCAACGCAAAUUUGUGUUCCUUUCUCUUCUCAUGUUAUUUUUAGAAACACGUCCUUGGGGGAGGGGUGGGGGGUCUUUUUCAUUAUGGUUGAAAACAAGUGCUGAUUAUUGUAGAUAUGAUUUUGUCUUGAAAAAUACUGUGAUUUCAGAGGGUGUCGGAACAUGUUCUAGAGCUAGGGCAUUAUGAGAUAAAAGAGUCAAAGGUAUGCAUUACUCAUUUUGAUUGUGUGGAAAAAAAAAACAUAUUCUAUACAUUUUAUCAUUCAGUAUUCUCAUGAAAGUAUACUUGUACUGUUGAUUUCCUCCUAUUGAUUGAUUCCCAUGCUCUUUAGAUGCAGAGUUCAUUGACGUCAUAUCCUGCUUUGUGUUCGCUGAAAGGAAAUGGGAGGCUUUUGUGAUUGAAAUGAUUCCACAGUGACAAUGUGAGGACAUAUAUAUUCAAAAGAGUCAACAUAUCAGCCCGCAGUUUGACCAGUUGUCAUUCAGUAUACAGUAUUUUUUUUUGUUUGUUUGUUUGUUUGUUGAGCAUUUGUGUUGGAGUCGCAGUUUGUGAAGGCGAGAUAAUUUGAUUGGGAUUGUAAAGGGCAGCCCGGGCUGAAGACGUGAGGAGAAGGAUUCAACAUUUCACACUCAAACUCAAUCAGUGCCAUCACACAAACGCUCCGAACCCCGAGGAUCCGAAACAUCAGCCUAAUCAGGAAUGAUGCACUGAUUCUGGGGGAGAAAAUGUGUGAUAAAUAGCCAUGAAUUGAGAACCAAAAGGCCUAUAAUCCAUGUGCAUUAUUGUUUUGUUUUGCUAUCAAGCACACACACACACACACACACACACACACACACACUGCAUUUCCAGUGCUCAGGUUCAUUUGUAAAUGGAAAAAGUACUUUAGGACCUUGAUUUUGUUUUUAAUUCAACUGGAUAACAGUGAUGUGCAGGGCAUGAAUGACUCUUUUUACUGACUCGGGAGUGACAAGUCCUCAUCCCCACUAACUCGUUCACUGACUCACCCCUACCUGCUACUAGCUAGUAUGCAAAGGCCAGACAAUGUGGUACUCACACUAUUGCGCAACUCUUAUAUUCACUGUAUUUCUGGAAAUGUCUCGAGUUAAUUAACCUUGACCACUUUGGCGCUUGUUUCAACACAGUGUUCGCUCUGCCAGCCCAGAGCUGAAGGUCUGACUCGGGCUGCUAAUUAUUUUUCUCUUUCAAGUAACCGUCGUGAAAUGACUCGUUUUACUAUCAGAGUUUGAUCCAUUUGGUCUGAUAACAUUUGAAAAGUCUAGAGGAGCCACAUGAUUAAGUUAUUUUAUCCCCAUUCAAGUUAGAGGAGGGCUAAACCGGAAUUUAAGGGCAGUGCACAUGCCUUGUUUGCAUUGUUGUUAGUGCAGAUGCAUAGAAGGCAUGCUCAAAAGUGAGAGCAACACCCUUGUGGCACACAGCAAUGAGCACCGCAUCUCAUUUGAUGAGGGACAACCAAUCACAGUUGAUAUCAUAAAUAUCUGUCUAUGGUAAAUAUGAAUAAAUUAUCCAUUUGAGUGCAGGGCUUUACGAUCUGUCCCACAGAUAAUUUAACAUAUUCAAAACAAAGCCUGAAAGAAGAUCAGCUUCGAACUCAGGAUUCUAGUAAGAAGGCCGUGAUACAGUGGUACUGAUCACUUUGCAAUGUCAGGCGCAACCUCUGAAAGCUGGCACAGAGUAGGCACAACAGCAGCAUCUAGCGCUCAACCUUGUUUUUUCCAGGAGGUAAAAGACGCAGAACGUGUCCGCAAAAGUCUCUGGUGCGUGAGCUCUAUGGCAGUUGGAGCCGGUGGGGCUUUCAUCUCUCUGUGGGUAACGGACUUGGUGAUUCAAGUGAGUCAGCAAAAAGGGUCGAACCUCUAAUCUCUGCUGGAUAAUCACGUGUUUAUGGGUUGAAUCCAAAUCAGUCACCAAAUAAAAGCCAAACAGACAAUGAAGGGAAAUUAAAAAAUUACAUAUAACACAUCCUCCCGUGCCUGUUUGGCUUCAUCUGAAGUGCAGAUCAGCAUCUUCUUUGCAUCAUCUCCACUUCAGGCACAAACAGGCUCCACUGGGAGCAACAGGCUCCUAGUAAAACCUGCACAACCAAAUCUACCAGAAAGGUCCUAUAGCAAAAAGAAAAAAGGUGAUUGGCUGAUUAGAAUACACAGUGUGGUCCUUGAGAACUAUACAUAUGGAAAAGAGAUGGAAAUUUUCAUAUACAGUACACAAGCACGUGGGGAUAAGAGGAAGAUGGAAGGGCUGCAGAGAAAUCAAUUUAUCAUCAGAAAUAUCCACUCCCCUCUGGAGCGCUGAGUGUAGUAUGCUUAAGGUGUCCUCAAAAAAGAAAUACUGACCAAAAACCAAUUUGUCUCCGCAAGUCAGAGAGAAGUUUGUACAGGCCCGAGCUGUGAUCCCAGUUCCGUAUUUCUUUUUGUUUAAAUUUCAUUCAUCAUUGUCAUUUGUACUGUUGAAGCAAAAGGAAAAAAGAACGAAAAAAAAAGAUUCCCCUUCAAAUAUCCAGUAAUCCCUGAAAAUAUACAGGAAGUAUCUAAAAUGGUGAGAGUAACAGGAAGAUGUACUGAGCUGAGUGUUAUGUUUCUGUCUGCAGUUGAACAAUCUGUUGUUUGUCUCCCAGUCAACUGUGAGAUCCAAGGGAUUACAUGACCAAAACAUAGUGAUAGUCUUUAAUGUGAAGAAAGUAAAUUUGUUGUUAUUUAUGAGAAAGUUGGCAACGAGUCAACGGGUGCCACAAUGAGCUAAAUUAGCAGUUUCUAUUGUGUUACAUAGAGAAUACAUAUUCAGUAUUAUACUGUAGUUGACAGGUGAGAUUAAAGCCUGAGGAAGUGGCUUAAUGUGCACAAAUUUUUAAAGCUGCCAAAUGGAAGUAAGAUUGAAAUGCAAUGAACUUGAAUUCAGUAGCAUCAGUUGUUUCAACAUGGGUGUGUUAUGCUAGUAGCGGCUAAUGUAGCCUCGGGGCGCCAGCCUCAAGCAGGGCAGGCUGUUCUCUUUCACUGUUUGUACUUAUACCUAUGAAAAGUAAUGCACUAUAAUUCGUAUGUAACCCAUGUAAUCAUGAGCCAGGAGGCUGUGAUCAUGUGAUUUACACGCUGCAGGUUGUCCUCCCUCAUUCGACAGAAGCAAAGAAGGAAGUAAGGUGAGGUAGAUAAAUAAAGAGCGAGAGGGUCUGCUUACAGAAGGUCGGGGUGGUGGAUGGGUCAAACAAACACAGGACUUUCACCCAGACAAACCAAUCUUCAGAUUCAAUGUUGGCAUUGCACGUUUCUGCAAACCACGGAUACAUUACAUUUGCAUGGUAUUAUGUAGCGGAUACAUUGAAACUUCACGUUUUCAAUGAUGCUUAAUGUGUAGUUAGGUUUAGGCACAAACAUUACUUGGUUACUGUUAGAAAAAGAUCAUGUUUUGUCUUAAAAUACCCACUUUGGGGGCACAAUCCCUCUUGUAAAGGCAGUAAUGUCUUUGUAAAAAGCAAUCACUUUUCAUGGCACUAUUCCCGCUGGAAAAAACAGCCACAGGCACUAAAACAUCCCCCACAUUUGGGGGCUGAAAGUUGCGAGAAAAAGAGCCUAGCUUCCCUAAAAUAAGAAAAAAUGGGGUGCCCCAAAAGUUGAUGGAAACCGCGAUGACUUGCUAAAAACCGUCCACUUUUGUUGUUUGUUGGUCUCGAACAGUAGUCUGCCACCCACCAACCCCUCCACCUCCAGAUGACAAAGUCAGCCCAUAUACAUGAUUGUGGGUAUGAAAUGUAUAAGUGUAACGUAUUUGUGGUUUGCAGAAAUGUACAAUGCCAGCAUUUUCUUCUGCUAACUGAGCUGACCCAGGAGACUGGGGUCCAUGUGAGUUACUUUAAGAUAUUUACAAACGUAACAUCAUAUCAUAACAUUACCUCAAGUAUUUAACGUGACAGCGCUCAACCAUGAUUCUAUUCCUACACCUAACUUAACUGGUAGGGGCGCUAAUUUCCAAGAUAGCAAAGAACCCCCACAGAUUAAUUUCAUCUUCAAACUUACAGUCUUCAGACCCAACUGAGGCCAACUCAAGUGACAUCACUUAGGAGCAUAUAUCAGACUUCACACAUCUCCCUUCUGGAGCCACAAAAGGCUUUAAAAUUAUUUUCUUUUUUUUCACAAAUGCAGUAGUUCUGCCCAAGACCUGUAAACAGACUUUGGUGUGCCAAAUUGUUGGAGUUCCCCUUUAACUAACGACAUCUCUGAGAUAUGCAUGCUGCAAUUUAAACAGUCUCAUUCAAGAUGCUGCAAUGAAGUCAUCAUUACUAGAUACGAUUCUCUUUUUGCCAAUUGGUGUUUGCAAUAAAAUAAAGAGCAGAUCUUAAUUGUUUUCCGCAGUAUAUAUUACUUCAGGGUUGGCGCAGGAGGAUAUGAUGUUAGCUGUGGAAAGAAGCGCCUGUGUCAGGGGUACCAGGCGCUUUUGAGGUGGUGAUUGCCGAUGUGCACAUUCACACUCAUGUUUCAGGUAACCUUGUUCUUUAGAAUGAAAAUAAAGGAAGCUGGUAAUAGUUAGUGAAUGCAAGUUCAUUCAAAUAAAACCCUUUACAAAGUUUUUUUUUUUUUUCAUUUAUUUUGCAUCAUUUCAUCCUGGUCUGCACACUAACAGCUCGUCAAACUGUUCAACGACAAUAUGAUGGAUUUUUACUAAGAGUUGAUUCAGAGUGUGAGGCCAGAGGAUACCAUUUGUUCCGGUGCAAAACAAGCACUUAUUGUUUGGAAAACUAUGGGACAACCAUAAGUGUUAUUUAACUGAAACAAUGGAACGUGUUUAACCAGAAAGAAUCCAUCUGCUCUGUGGUUUCAACUUGCACUUACAUUUUGUAAGGCAGACUAACACGAGAAUCAAAUUCCCAUUCAGGUUGGUUUAUUCCCAGAAAUGAAUACAAACAUGCCAAUUCAGGCAUUAACGUUUAUGUUUUGAAACAGUUGAUGCAUAUAUUUAAUGAACUCCAAACGCAUACUGAGGAGAAACAUUAGCAGCCCUUGCAUGCACGCAAAAUAUACACACCCCUCAUUUAACUCAGAACAUGUAUUACCUGCUUUCUGGACAUGAUAUCAGCACAUUCAUCCCAAAAGCUGUGAGGAUCUUCUGUUCUAUGCUUUUCCUUAAGGAUAUUUGCUUAUACGAGAGAGAAGACAGAUUUCUUUUGACACAUAUGUUCAAGGAGCAGAGGAGGAGAAAAAAAAGUGUUGAACUGAUUUCAAUGUGAAUUUUCUUGCCUCUAGUGUAUAUGUGUAAUUACAUGUGAAUUGUACUGUAAAUAUGAUAUCUUUCACUUAAUAGUUCUUAAUGCAUGAACAAAAACAUGGCAGUUCGUAAUACCAGCUAGCCUCACUGCUAAUGGCAUGGACAGCUUCUCUAGCAUUGGCAUACUUCUGCAAACGAAACCUAAAAAAAAAAAACAAAAAAAAACGAAACACAAGAAAUACAUGGUGUGGACAAAAUAAUGGAGAAAUCAAUGCAAAGUCCUCUCACAGUGAAGGAGUUUCUGGUGGCUCUGAGCUUGUAUUGGUUCACCUGCUCCCUCAAGAACAAGGCUAAGGCUGCCACUGGAUAUUGCAGUAUGUCUUAGUUCACUGUCAGCGAACGGGAUGGUGACAUCUUGAAUGAAAUUCUCGAGUUGGGUUUUCCCAUUUACCAUACCGGAAUUAAGGAUUUGCAGCAGAUUUCAGCACAGUAUGCCUGCAGCGUUUACCUCAGCCAUCAACAAAUCACUGAAUCGUCCAGGAAUCUGCUAAAAAUACUAAGGGCAUGAUCGGCUAGCUGGCUUAUAGAGGCUAGAGGAGCAGGAUAGCCUUAAGAAGGCGAGUGGGAUGUUCUUUUCCUGUUCCUCAAUAAGACAGUCACGUGUGCCCUUGAGCAAGGCACUUAGCCAAUUGCCCAAGUGCAGCUGCUCACUUGCUUACAAUAGAGGUCUAUGUCUGUGUGGGUUAGCUCCCAGAAGCAAAUAUGUUUAGCUAUGUGAGGGUAUUAAUAGGAAAUUGUCCCCUGGAUAAAUGCAAAGAUAAAACAGUUCCACAAGUGUCCCUUGGUUCUGUUAAUGAGAGGUCCGGUGUGAAGGAUUUAGGGGGAUAUGUUGGCAGAAAUUGAAUAUAAUAUCACAAGUAUGUUUUCUUUCGUGUAUAAUCACCUGGAAAGAAGAAUCGUUGUGUUUUCGUUACUGUAGAAUGAGCCGUUUAUAUCUACAUAUGAAGCGGGUCUUAGACCACUGAGAUCGCCAUGUUUCUACGGUAGCCUAGAACGGACUAAACACCAAACACUGACUCUAGAUAGGGACAUUAAGAGAUUUUACUGGUUUAAUUCAACGGGUUCAUUUGUUUUAGAGAAGCGGAGGAGACCUCUGUGGAUAAUUCCACUCCUGGUAAAAUCCACCUGAACAUCUGGAUCUUAAGUUGUCAGUUGUUAAGUUGUAGAGAAACAGAUUUUAAACUUGAUACUGCUUUCGUCAGAGUUUUUUUUACCGCUUUAAAUCACCUGGUCCGUUUGUUUUAAGAGGAAAAGACAUCUCAGAAUAAUUCAGUUCCCGCUAAAAAACAUCUGAACUGUGAACGCUGAAAGAAAUCUAACCUGGAGAAGUUUCAGCUGGUUGCAAGCUGCAAUUCUUGCCACUAGAUGCCACUACUUCCCCCAAAAUCUUACACACAGCUCCUUUAGGCCUUUUGUUGUAGUGUGAUUAUACUUUGUCAUUUUUUUGUUGACUCCAGUCUUCAUGUUAGGGCGUUUCAUCUGGGAUUACACCAAUCCCAGAUAACAGAUAUGCACGACGGGCCAAACCUGUGAACACAAAAGUGUUGUGUCAGUCAUGAAUAGCACGGAGCCCAACCUCCGAUAAAAGAGUGGACCAUAAACACGAAAGAAAAUUUCAUCCACCAAACACCAGAACUUGGCUGACAGACUCCUCACUGUUGGAGGAACUUUUGCUGGUGCAUUCAUUAUUUUGUAUGUACCGUGUAGGUUUUGUUUUGCAUGACCUGAGUUUUGAAAGGUUUAUUUUCAUAUAUUUUUACUCCACGCCAUCCGAAUUCAUCUCCACAGCCAGGAAAAGAAAGAUCCAGUGUUUACAUGCUCAAAUUGCACUUGUUUUACAGCCAGCUCUAUAAAAUCUUGUGAAACAAACUGUUCGUAAAACUGGAGGAAAAAUGUAAACGUAGAACGUACAUGCUGUGAUUCAUGCGAAUCAUGAAUAUGUACUUCUAUACAAUGUAUUU